UUGAACCUGCCCUCUUUUCUCUCUCUCAAAAUCCAGUCUUUCGAUUUCUCCAAUCCAUUCUUUAUCUACUACCCUGAUUCCAUUUCUAAAAUCCCAGUUCAAAUUGUGGGUCUUUACAGAUUCAUUUUUAAAAUCCAAUGCCGGAAAUUAUAGAUGAUUCCGGCGAUAUCUUACCGGCGGCAACAAAUUUAUUCGGGAAAUACGAACUGGGUAAGCUACUAGGCUACGGUGGCUUCGCUAAAGUGUACCACGCCCGUGAUGUUAAAACAGGGCAAAGCGUCGCCAUUAAAGCUAUCAACAAACAGAGACUUCUCAAAGGUGGACUCACCGAUCAUGUUAAACGUGAAGUUUCAAUUAUGCGAAGGUUACGCCACCACCAUAUAGUUCGUCUAAUCGAGGUUCUGGCAACAAAGACGAAGAUCUAUUUCGUAUUGGAGUUUGCAAAAGGGGGUGAACUUUUCACAAAAGUAGCCAAGGGUAGAUUCAGUGAAGAACUCAGUCGUCGGUAUUUUCAUCAACUAAUCUCUGCCGUAGGUUAUUGUCAUUCCCAUGGUGUUUUUCAUCGUGAUUUAAAGUUGGAAAAUCUUUUAUUAGAUGAAAAUUGGGAUUUGAAAGUUACUGAUUUUGGUUUAAGUGCUGUUAGAGAUCAGAUUCAAUCAGAUGGACUUCUUCAUACUUUAUGUGGAACACCUGCUUAUGUUGCACCAGAGAUUCUUGCUAAGAAAGGAUAUGAUGGAGCUAAAAUUGAUUUAUGGUCUUGUGGUGUGAUUUUGUUUGUUCUAAACGCAGGUUAUCUACCUUUUAAUGAUCCUAAUUUAAUGGUUAUGUAUAAGAAGAUCUAUAAUGGUGAAUAUCGAUGUCCAAAAUGGACUUCUCCAGAUCUCAAACGCUUCAUUUCGCGUUUACUUGAUACCAAUCCAGAAACCCGGAUUUCAAUCGAUGAGAUGAUUAAUGAUCCAUGGUUUAGAAAAGGGUAUAAAGAGAUUAAAUUUCAUUCUGAUGAAUUCGAGAUUAAAGAAGAAAUCAGCGGCGGCGGCGAUGGCGGCGGUGAUAAGUUCUUAAACGCCUUCGACAUAAUUUCAUACUCUCAUGGCAUAGAUCUGUCGAGUUUGUUCAACCGGCCGGAGACAAAAAUAACCUCGGAGCGGUUCGUGUCGGCGGUGUCGCCGGCGGCGAUUAUUAUGGAGAUAGAGGCGGCGGCGCGUGAGGAGGGGUUGAGUGUGACGAGUAAGAAGGAAUUCUGGAUUAAAUUGGAAGGGCAAAAUGGUAAUUUUGUUGCGGCGGUUGAAAUUCAUCGAUUAACUGAGGUUUUGGUUGUGGUUGAGGUGAAAAGGAAGACUAGUCAAGAUGUUGGUCCAAGUUGUGAUAUUUGGAAUGAAAAGUUGAGUCCGCGUUUGAACCGACUCGUUUAUAAACCCGAAGAAACGGUUGUUGUCGGUUGAUAAGAGUAAAAAAUAAAAGAAAAAAGUUAUGUGGGUUUUUUAGUGGGGAAUUAGAAUAAUGAUCAAUGAUGAUUGAUUGAUUAAUUAUUCCUUAAUUAGGUUUUGUACAGUUGUAUUAAAAAGUAUUAUAUAUAUAAUCUUGUGGUCUUACAAGUUAUCACAAAAAAAUUCAAUCAAAUUUAAUAUGAAGUAUAGAUGUUCACA